GGCUGCGCGGGGCUGUUGGUCGGUCACCCUAUGGACACCAUCAAGGUGCGGCAGCAGGCGCUGGGCAACGUGUCCGCAAUCUCAGGCAUCUCCCGGACCUUCAAAUACGAGGGGGUACGCGGGUUCUACAAAGGGAUGGGGUUCCCGCUUCUGGCAACAGGGACGCUGAACGCAGUUUUCUUCGGCGUGUACGGCAACUGCAUGCGGGCGCUGCACAAGGGCAAGGAGAAGCCUAGCCUGACGGAGGUCUUCCUCUCAGGCUGCGCGGGCGGCGUCGUGCAGCUCUCGGUCGCCUGUCCUGUCGACCUCGUCAAGAUUAAAAUGCAGCUACAGACAG